AUGUCGACUCUGUACGAGCAGCAAAUCGCCAUGAAAAAUCGCCGGCGUGUGCUGGACCUGGAGAUAGACGCCUAUUUGAAGCUGAAGAGUAAACUGGUGGGGGUUCUGGCGCUAGCAAGAGAAAAUAAACUCGACACUGUGUCGGAAGAAGAAUUGUCUAAAUUGCAAGCUGAGCUGGAUCUCGUGCGAUUCAAGACAAACCUGAACCUGUUGGUGGACAGUCUGAAGUACAAAAACAUGUCACAGGACAUGGACUCGCUCGAAACAAGCAUCAACGCCAAACUGCUCUCGUACAUAGACUCAGAGGUCGAAGAGAGCAAACAGCUCACUUUGAAGAUCGAUAACGCCAAAGAGCUGCUCAAAAACCGCCGCAAAAUCAACUCCGUCGUCCAGCAGUACCUGCAACGCUCGCGAACCAUCACGCUCACGGCAGACGAGCUCGAGUCGCUGUUUGGAGCAGAAAUGGACGCUGCCUCCGUGAUGAAGACCGGCCGCGAGAUCAAGGACGGCGUUUACGAGUUCAGUCUCAACAGCGCAUCGUUCCAACUCAGCUGCCAGCAGCUCACUGCCCAGAUCGACGCCAAGAUCGCCGAAUGCAACAGCUCCAGAACCCAGAUCGACCAGAGCCGGCAGAAAUGGGAGUCGCUCGCCUCGAAACUGUCGCAGGUGCUUGUCCAGCUCCAACAUAUAGACACGUAG